AUGAUAGUGACAGAGCGUGAUGGCAAGAAUGGCGAUGACAUUAGUGGUAGUGAGAAUGUGUACAGAAGCCUGUUCCAGCCGCUGAAGGUAUCUCGCCAUCAGUUCAAGAGAGUCAUCAACUGCAUGAAACUUAUCCGCUACGUCAAGUUCCAAGAGAUUUACGCACAGGAGAAGAUAACUCGGGUGGAUUCGCUCUCGCUCGUGCUCUCCGGCAGACUGGUGAUAAGCCAAAAUGGGCGAGCUCUCCACAUUGUGUCUCAGCACCAGUUCCUUGACUCUCCAGAGUGGUUUGGUGUCUCUACAGAUGAGUUCUUCCAGGUCUCAGCAACAGCCAUAGAAGAUUCUCGAGUGUUGAUCUGGCACCGUGACAAACUCAAGCUCACAAUUAUGGGUGACCAGUUUCUUCAAGCAGUGUUUGACCACAUUUUAGGCAGAGAUGUCGUAAAGAAGCUUAUGCAGGUCAACGAGAGUUUGUCAGGGAUGAGCAAUGGCCACUGCGUUGCCAACCUGGCCGAUGACAGCGAGACUAAGCCGUUGCUGGUGGUCAAGAAGGGGGAGGAGUCGGGGAGCAUUACGGCAAUUAUCAACCGUCAGUUACAGGGUGGCGAUGAGGAUGAAGCCAGUCUCCUUGAACACCAGUUGGAAGUCGCCGUGGUGGAGUACCGGGGGGAGACACAGAUAGACAGUUAAUGACACUCCUCCGUGGAGACUCGGACGCAUUGAGGAGACAGAUCAGGAGACUCCAGUAUGAACCCCAUGAAUUGGGAUCUCCGCUUCUAAACGCUUUCAAACUGUUUGCACCACAACUGGAAAAUGUUGACCACUACCAGCAUAUGGUCGAGCUCUAGAUGCUGGUGGGCAUCACCCACAUGAGAAACAGUUACAUAAUGAAUCUGAUAUUCCACCAGUGUCUACCAGUGUACAAGUGUCCAAAGGAAGUUGUUGUGAAGAAGUUUACACUUGUUAAUACACUAAUGCCAUACUGAUGAGCAGAUGCAAUUCUCCUAAGUAUUCUGACUAUUUCUGUGAAGUGUGAACUGUGAUAGGGUUUGCAAAUGCUCUUAUUCCCCAGACCGGACACAGGACUGAGAAGGCAAAUAAUGAUAUUAUUGGUUCUUAAUUUGUUUUUGCCUUAUUUUUUUUGUUUUUGUCUCUAUGUAUCCACCUCUUAAUUUGCUAUUUAUAAAACUCUCCUCUUUAGAUGUAUCAGCUUUCAUUCUUUAAAAGACUAGAACAACUAGAUUUUGAUGGCAUUUUUAGAUAUAUAAAGUCUAGUGUUUCUUAUUGUGAGUUUUGGUAUUCAUCAUGUUUUAACCUUCUUUUCAUAAGUGUUAUUUUAUAAGUAACAUCAUAUUGAUGUCGGUUGACUGAAAAUUUGGGUUAUUAAGAAUUGACAUAAUUUAUUAAGUAUAGGAUGUUUUUAUAAACAAUAUUUUAUCACAGACUAGAAGAAUCCUGUGAUUUUUGACAGCAAAAUAUAGUUGCAGGAAAAUCAUGUUUCAUUAAUUUGAUAUGUGAAUUUAUGCAGAUGCAUUCUCUUUUUUUGUAGUAUGAUUUAUAAUACAAAUUUGAUAUGUUGAAGAGAUUUGUGAUAUUAUAAAGAUUGAGAUCUAAAUAUAAAUUCUUCCAUCACUUUGA